AUUCACUUAAUUUUUUUUUUUACUUUCAAUAAACCAUAGAAACCAUAUACCAACAUGUUAUCAUUCGCCAGUCCUCCUUCUCCUACUCCUUUAUUUAAAGAUGUUAAUAAUAAAAGUAAACCUUUAAAUAUCCCAACACCUUAUGGCACUAUUCCCAAACGUAGCAAAAAGAAGCAUAAUUUGCCUAUCAAAAAAUGCUCACGUAAUAAUUCAUUAUCAGCUCCUUACCCUUGUUUUUCUGCUCUUGCGCCAACAUCCUCAUCAUUUUUCAUCUCUUUGUUCAAUACUAUCUUCACCAAACAAUCAAAACAAGGAGAAAAACCAGUGGGAUUUAUGCCACGUAGUACAAUAAGUGACAAAAUGCAAAUGUCCCAAUUAGUAGAUAUCGCCGUUAGUAGUAUUCCAAUUGAUUGUUAUGACGCUGGCAAUGGUACAGAACAGGAUAAUUGUAGCUCUUUGAGUACAAGUUCUUCAUCUUCUGAAAGUAGUUUGAGUAGUUUGUUCUCUCAUUAUAUGGAAGAUGAUAAUAUUACUACUAGUAAUAACAGUAGUAGUAUGAGUACGGAAGUAUUAUCAGACAUAUUAUGUGAUCAUUAUGUUCAAACCCAAAUGAAUCCGUCUUCAUCCGACUCUGUUAUAAUGGAUGUCCCUUUGGAAACGUUCCGAAUGUUUGAAGCUCCAAACAGUACAACAAACAACACAACAAAUAAUGCCACAAGUCUGUAUGAAAACUAUUGGAUUACACUCGACGAUGAACAAGCAGCAAAAGAAUGGAAGCUGAUUGAAACAAAGCACCCCAAUGAAUUAAAAGAAGAAAUAGUAGUGAAAAUCGUUGAAGAGAAACAAGUGACACAAGAAGAGGAUUUGAUUGCAUGUCAUGCCCGUGAUAUUCGAGCCAAUGCAGCUUACCUAAGAAUGAUUGUGGCCGAAGUAAACAUGAUGCGUUCACAAAAAAUCGUUGGUCCAUUACGUCCACGCAGAGUCCUUCCGAAAAGAUUAGAUAAAUUCAUGCACCGACCCAGUCCUUUACAAAUAACAGUCGCCUAAAAUCUCACCCUUACACAACCUCCUAAUUUAGUAUAUCUAAUCGUUAUCAUUGCCUCUUGAUUCGUCUAUCCCCUAUAUACCCUUUUGUACUUGCUUUUUCUAUCUGUUUUCCUUUAAACAUGUACUGUAGUCCCAAAAAAUAAAAAUAUUAAAUGGACACUUCUUAA